GGGAAAUCAGAUUUUAUCAGUGAAAUAAAGAUUACAGGUACAACAUCUUAUGUUUUAAAAGAGUUGUGUCAUAUGCCUGAACCACGGGAUGACCAUGGAGCUGUUGUUGUUGAUGAUAAAGCUCUUAUUUUUGGAGUACAGUUAAGAAAAGACAAUUUUUUUCAAAUAUUUAGGAGUUUGAUCUAAGGACUCUUAUAUUUAAGGAAAUGCCUCCAUUACCUCAUCAAUUGGCUGACAUGGCAAAAGUUCGAUGGAGAGAUCAAGUUGUUCUUCUUGGAGGUCAUGAUGAUGGAUGAAAAAUGUUAAACAGUGGUAUCAUGUAUGCACUAAGACAGACAAGUUUUUACCGAAGAGGAAACACAACCAGAUCCAAACAUGUGGAAGAUUUGCAAAAUGCACCAACGCCUAAGAAUAUUCAUGAUGUAAGAAGUUUGUUGGGCAUGGCGAAUUAUAGUAGUCAAUACAUCGCAAAUUUUGCUACAAUAACAACACCGUUGCACGAGUUAACAAAGAAGAAUACAAAAUUUCAAUGGCUAGAUGUGCACCAAAAGGCAUUUCAUAUUCUCACAUCAGCAUUAUCAGCAAACGAAUGUAUGGCAUACUUCGAUACUCAAAAAGACACUUACAUUACCGUGGAUGGGCAUAUUUCGAUAAUCAAAAAGACAUUUACAUCACCGUGGAUGGGCAUACUUCGAUACUCAAAAAGACAUUUACAUCACCGUGGAUGGGCAUACUUCGAUACUCAAAAAGACAUUUACAUCACCGUGGAUGGGCAUACUUCGAUACUCAAAAGACAUUUACAUCACCGUGGAUGGGCAUACUUCGAUACUCAAAAAGACAUUUACAUCACCGUGGAUGGGCAUACUUCGAUACUCAAAAAGACAUUUACAUCACCGUGGAUGGGCAUACUUCGAUACUCAAAAAGACAUUUACAUCACCGUGGAUGGGCAUACUUCGAUACUCAAAAAGACAUUUACAUCACCGUGGAUGGCAUACUUCGAUACUCAAAAAGACAUUUACAUCACCGUGGAUGGGCAUACUUCGAUACUCAAAAAGACAUUUACAUCACCGUGGAUGGCAUACUUCGAUAAUCAAAAAGACAUUUACAUCACCGUGGAUGGGCAUACUUCGAUACUCAAAAAGACAUUUACAUUACCGUGGAUGGGCAUACUUCGAUACUCAGAAAGACACUUACAUCACCGUGGAUGGCAUACUUCGAUACUCAAAAAGACGCUCGCAUCACCGUGUAUGCAAGUCCUGUAGGUUUAUCUGCUAUUCUUUCCCAAGCAACAGCUGGCAAGAAUGAUAAAAAAGUUGUAGCUUAUGCAAGUCGCGCUCUGACUGACGCUGAAAAACGACAUGCUCAAACAGAUCGUGAAGUUCUCGCAAUCGUCUGGGGAGUAGAACAUUUUCAUUAAUUUGUAUAUGAUAAAGAGUUUACUUUAAUAACAGACCAUAAGCCUCUCGAGGUUAUCUAUGGCAAUCGGAAUGCAAAAUCAUCUACUAACCCUGCUGAUUAUCUAUCCAGACAUCAGGUCCAAAUGAACCACAAACAACAGCAAAUCACCAAAGAAUAUGUAAACUUCUUUGCAUUUAACAGCGUUCCAAAAGCGAUGACAAUUGAAGAAAUCGUAAAAGCGUCUGAUGAAGAUCAAGUCUUAAAAGGAGUUUGAGCUUCAGUUAAAUAGAACCAGUGGGACUCUGAUAUAGUUAAACAAUUCAAGCAAAUCAAAGACGAGCUGUCCGUUACAAUAAAAGUAGUAAUACUCAGAGGUACCAGAAUUGUCAUCCCAAAAAGUCUUUAGCAGAAAUCUAUUGAUAUCGCACAUGAUUGUCAUUUGGGCCUAACCAAAACUAAAGCACUCCUGAGAGAAAAAGUAUGGUUCCCUAGUAUGGAUCAAUUGGUAAAAGAAAAACUUGGAGUAAAGCAUUCCGUGUCAAGCAGUGGGAAAAUCACAACCACCCGAACCAAUGAAUGUGAAAAAUAUGCCCAAAGGCCCGUGGGAAACUAUUCAUGCUUAUUUUUUGUUCCCUUACCUUCCGGGGAGUAUCUGCUGGUCGUGAAUGACAGAUACUGUAGGUACCCCGAAAUAGAAUUAGUGCCAUCAACAAAAGCUGCUGCGGUUAUUCCGAAACUAGAUAAAAAUUCGCAAUACACGGAAUCCAUCAACAUAUUUUAUAAUUCUUCAGGAUUUAGAUAUGAUAAUACUGAUGC